AUGUGGCCGGUUGGGCUGUUGCUUUUAAUCCUGCCCUUGACCAGUGGCCGCCAGGUGGGCAGAUGCAGUCUGAUGAGGCAGCUUUAUCGAUACGGAGUGCCCUACAAUGAGCUGCCUGACUGGAUGUGCCUAGUGGAGGGCGAAAGUUCCUUUAAUUCAAAGGCCAUUAAUCCCUCAAACGUCGACGGUUCUGUGGAUUGGGGACUAUUCCAAAUAAAUGAUCGUUAUUGGUGCAAACCAGCAGAUGGACGUCCUUCUACGGAUCUCUGCCGUCUGCCCUGCCGGCUGCUCAUUAGCGAUGAUAUCCGGUACUCAAUAGCGUGUGCGAAAUAUAUAAGAAAACAGCAAGGAUUUUCCGCCUGGGUGGCCUGGAACAACCGCUGCCAGGGCAUUAAGCCAAGAGUCAGUCAUUGCUUCAAGAGGCGAUACAGAAAUUCAGGCUAA